AUGCGUAUAAUUAAUCCAGUUACGUCGUCAAUCGCUCGGGAGACAUCCCUAAACGCAUACCUGCGGUACAUCUUGGCGUUGCCGGGGACAAAAGCGAUGUGCCGCGAAGGCGGCUGCGGCUCUUGUAUCGUCACUGUGCGCGCGCGCCGCCAGACCAGCAAUGUUGUGGAGACUUUUUCUGUUAAUUCUUGCAUGGUACUAGUGUUCUCCUGCCACGGUUGGAAGAUCACGACGAUCGAGGGUCUCGGCAACCGAAGGGACGGUUAUUGCGACAUUCAGAAGCGAGUAGUAGCUUUCAAUGCCACGCAAUGUGGGUACUGCACGCCGGGAUGGGUUAUGCAUUUGAACAGCCUAAAAGACAAGAACCUCACAAUGGCGGAAUUGGAAAGAUCCAUGGGCAGUAACACGUGUCGUUGCACAGGUUUUCGGCCCAUCCUGGACACAUUCAAAUCUUACGCAGUGGAUGCCAGUCCGCAAUUUUGUCAGAGGGUUAAAGACAUCGAAGAACUCAACCUAUGCUGCAAAAGCAAGGUCGAUCAUGAAAGUAAAAGCUCUAGCAAGUGUAUUGAUAGCGAUUGUCGAAACAUAGAUAAUGUUUCAAAAGUUAGAGCUGAGGAUACAAUAGCGAUUGAUUUCGGAAAGUGUAAAUUUUUCAAAGUUUUCGAUGUAGAUGAAAUAUUCGAAGCUUGGUAUAAUAAUGGCGUUGAUUCUUAUAUGUUAAUUGACGGUAAUACUGCAAAAGGAAUUUACGAAACAUUCGAAUACCCUAAAGUGCUAAUUGACAUCAGCGAUGUCAAAUCUCUAAAAACUUACUACUUUGAUCAAAAUCUGAUUCUUGGAGCGAACAUAUCAUUAGAAGACUGCAUUAAAAUUUUUGUCGAUACGUCUAUAUCGAACAGUGACAGUUUUGGUUAUUUGGCAGAAUUUGCUUCACAUUUUGAACUGGUAGCUCACAUUCCUAUUAGAAAGAUCGCUUCUUUGGCUGGCAAUCUAAUGACUAAACACGCCAUACGACAGUUCCAGUCAGAUGUUUUUGUGCUCUUCGAAGCAGUGGGUGCAACAAUUACUGUUCGACAUGUAAAUGGAAUAGAGAACACCCUGACAAUGAUAGAGUUUCUCGAAUACGACAUGAAAGGUGUUUUGAUAAUGAAAAUUGAAUUACCACCUUUGAGUUCGUCACAUAAGUUCAGGAGCUAUAAAAUAAUGCCACGGAAUGAAAAUGCUCUAGCCAUUGUGAACGCAGCGUUCAUGAUGGAACUAAAACACGACACCGUAACAAAUGUUAGCAUUGUGUAUGGUAAUAUUUCAGAAGAAUUCGUUCACGCCAAAAAAACUGAAACUUUCUUGAAAGGCACUAAUAUUUUCAACAACAGUAAAUUGCAAGCUGCAAUCAAAAUUCUAAAUGAAGAAAUUGAGCCACAAGAUGAACCUCCCAAAGCUUCACCUGAAUGCAGAAAGAAAUUAGCCAUUGGACUAUUUUAUAAGUUCAUCCUGAACAUUUCUCCGUCCUGGUGUACUUCAUCUUGCGUCCUUUCUGGAGGGGCAAUUAUCGAUAGACCUAUAUCUAGCGGAACUCAGGACUUCCAAAUUGAUAAGUCCUUGUUCCCACUCAAUCAGCCAGUGCCCAAAUAUGAGGGUAUAAUACAAAGUUCUGGAGAAGCCCAAUAUGCCAAUGACAUACCGCCAAUGCCAAAUGAAGUCUUUGGAGCUUUCGUUCUGUCCACAAUACAUUCAGGAAGAGUUGAUAAAAUUGACACAGCUGAAGUUCUAGAACUUGAAGGCGUCGUAGCUGUUUACACACCAAAGGACAUCCCAGGAAAGAAUUCAUUCAUUUUUCCCGGCAUACAACUUCAAAAAGAAGACGAAGAAAUUCUGGCCAGUAGUGACAUUAAAUUCUAUGGUCAACCGGUUGCCAUUGUAGUAGCAGAGAGCGAAGAAUUAGCUGCAAGGAUAGCCAAAAAAGUCAAAGUUACGUAUAAAGAUGUUAGUACAGCAGUGCCAGUUCUAACCAUAGACCAAGCAAAGCGAGACAGCAAACGUUAUAAAGUUAGUGAUGUUUCUAUAAAACCUAAAGGCAAAGGAUUGAAUGUAAAACAUGUGAUCAAAGGUGUAUACGAAAUACCAGCUCAGUAUCACUACUACAUGGAACCUAUCAGUUGCGUUGUGGUGCCCGUGGAAAAGGGCUUAGAAGUUUACGAUUCGACGCAAUGGAUCGACUUAACUCAGAACGCUAUUGCUCGCAGUUUAUGUAUUAAUGAGAGCCAGGUCUUAGUCAAACUCCGCCGUAUUGGUGGUGGUUUUGGAGGGAAGAUCAGCCGCAACGCUCAAGCCGCCACUGCAUGUGCAUUGGUAGCUAAAAAACUGGACAGACCUUGUAGAUUCAUCUUGCCUCUUCAGACUAACUUGACUAUAGCAGGAGCAAGAUGUCCAUGUCUAUGUGAUUAUGAGGUUGGUGUUGACAGUAACGGCAAAAUCCAAUACUUAAACGCAACCAUCGUGGAAGACUACGGAUGUUCCCUAAAUGAUGAUAUCUUGGAGUACACUGUAGGAGGAUUCAGCAAUUGUUAUAACAUUGACUACUUUAGUUUGAAAACUGCUUCUGUUCUUACUGAUUCAUCGUCAAAAACUUUUAUGAGAGCUCCAGGCACCUUUGAAGGUAUGGCCAGCAUCGAACACAUAAUGGAACACAUUGCUUAUGCCUUAGGAAAAGAUCCUACAGAAGUCAGAUUAGCCAACAUGAGAACUGAAGAUAAUGAUCUUCCCAAACUCAUUGAAGUUCUCAAGAAAGAAGCGAACUAUGGCAAUCGCGUAAGUUCUAUUAAACAUUUCAACGAAACCAAUCGUUGGAAGAAGAAAUCCAUAAAAAUCAGUGUAAUGAGCUUUCCUGUUAUCUAUUACGGAAACUACAGCGCCAUGGUAACAAUAUACAGAGGUGAUGGUACAGUAACAGUGACUACUGGAGGCAUAGAGAUGGGACAAGGCGCUAACACUAAAGCAGCACAAGUUUGUGCCUAUGAACUUGGGAUACCUUUAAAAUACAUCUCAAUAUUGCCGCAUUACUCAUUCACAGCUGCGAACAACGUUUUCUCCGGCUCAAGUAUUGUAAGCGAGUGUGUUUGCUAUUCUAUUAUACAAGCGUGUAAGACAUUGAAAGAGAGGUUGGAGCCGAUUAAAAUGAAGCUUGAAAAACCAACCUGGGAAGAGUUGAUCGCCAAAGCCGGGGAAGAGCAAGUGGAUUUAACAGCAUUUUACAUGAUGACUGAUAAAGAAAAGGACCUCGAUAGUUACAGCGCAUUUGCUGUUGCAAUGUUGGAAGUUGAAUUGGAUGUUCUUACGGGAAGAUAUGAAAUUUUGAGAGUGGAUAUUUUGGAGGAUGUUGGGCUGAGCGCUAAUCCCAACAUAGACGUUGGCCAGGUGGAAGGUGCCUUUGUUCAAGGCCUUGGGUACUUCACAUGUGAGAAGAUAGUAUACGACAAACACACAGGCAAACUAUUAACCAAUCGUUCCCUGAAUUAUCACGUACCCUUGGCUUUAGAUAUUCCUGUUGAUUUUAGAGUUAAACUGAGAUAUAAUUCCAAAAACCCUAAAGGUGUCUUAGGAUCUAAAGCGGUAGGCGAGAUGGCUACAACCACUGCCCACAUCAUCACGCAUGCGUUGCGAGAAUGUAUUUAUGAAUCGCGCAAGGAAUCCGGUUGUGACCCAACCGAGUGGAUAAAUAUUGAUGUCCCAUAUGACACGGAGUCUAUAUUGAAAGCGCUCGAUGUAAAGUUAGAAGAAAUGGUUUUGACACAUUAG